GCUCAGCCUUGUUACCAAUGGCGGUGAAAACAAUCACAAUAAAAUUUCAAAAAGAAAGCAAAGAUGUCUUGAAAUAAUCGUCUCAUGUCGUUGUUUAAAGCUAGGGAUUGGUGGUCCACUUGGGCAGGCAGUGAGGAAGACUUUGACCAAGGGUGUUUGUGCGUUGCAAACAUUGACAACGAGAGUUCGCCUUCAGGUAAAAUGGAACAAAAGGCAUUGGUUUUGUACAGCUUGUAUUAAUAGUCGUACUGUUCCAAAUUUCCGUUGAUUCGUCUCGAGAAAAGCAAUAGCAGUUUAAUUAACCUGUUUUGGUUGUAAAGUUCAAUGUAUUUUACCAUAUUUUUAAGUAUUUUCAGCCUUAAAUUGUAUAAUAAUUUGGUAUAAAGUUUUGACAUCCAGCAGUUCACACCUGCCAUUUCAUAAUUUACACCUAUGUGAUCUGUCAGCCUGCAUUGCACAUACCAGCUUUGAUUAGUGAAAAUUAUUAUUAAUUUUAUACUCUGCCAUUUCUAAUGUGCUGAGCUUUUAUGUGCCAUUGCAGUUUGUUUACAAGUUAAAUUAGCAUUCCUGUAAACACAAAAUAUUUCAAAUAGAGCAAAGAUAUUUGUACAAAAUUAAAGCAUUCUGAUUUACUAUUUUCCGACCCGAGAUGCUUGGUUUGUAAAUGGUACAAAAAAGUAACAGCGUUUGUGUUUACAUGAAGCUGUCAAGCACUCUGUUUUUGUUUUGGCAAAUUGUUAAGUUUUCAAAAAAUUUUCCAGUGUAGUGUACCUUCCCUCAAUGGGCUUCCAUAAUUUAUCAGCUUAUUUACAUUGCCAGCUGGUUUCCUAGACAAAUUGGUUUUAACUCUAGAUAAGAUCAUUGUUGGCAGCUAUCAUGGCAUUCUGCGUAUUUUCAUGCCUCGUACGGCAGAAUUCAAGCCUGAGGAUCUUAUGUUGGAGAUACAGAUGACUCAGCCUAUUCUGCAACUGGAAGCAGGGCAUUUUGUCUCGUUAGUAUGAGAAUUGACAUUUUGUCUUGUUAGUAUGAGAAUUGACAUUUGUCUUGUUAGUAUGAGAAUUGGCAUUUUGUCUCGUUAGUAUGAGAAUUGGCAUUUUGUCUCGUUAGUAUGAAAAUUGACAUUUUGUCUUGUUAGUAUGAGAAUUGACAUUUUGUCUCGUUAGUAUAAGAAUUUGCAUUUUGUCUCAUUAGUAUGAGAAUUGACAUUUUGUCUUGUUAGUAUGAGAAUUGGCAUUUUGUCUUGUUAGUAUGAUAAUUGAUAUUUUAUCUUGUUAGUAUGAGAAUUGACAUUUUGCCUCAUUAGUAUGAGAAUUAGCAUUUUGUCUCGUUAGCAUGAGAAUUGAUAUUUUAUCUCGUUAGUAUGAAAAUUGACAUUUUGUCUCGUUAGUAUGAGAAUUGACAUUUUAUCUUGUUAGUAUAAGAAUUUGCAUUUUGUCUUGUCAGUAUGAGAAUUGACAUUUUGUCUUGUUAGUAUGAGAAUUGACAUUUUGUCUCGUUAGUAUGAGAUUUGACAUUUUGUCUCAUUAGUAUGACAAUUGACAUUUUAUCUCACUCGUUAGUAUGAGAAUUGACAUUUUGUCUUGUUAGUAUGAGAAUUGACAUUUUGUCUCGUUAGUAUGAGAGUUGACAUUUUUUCUUGUUAGUAUGAGAAUUGACAUUUUAUUUUGUUACUAUGAGAAUUGACAUUUUGUAUCAUUAGUAUGAGAAUUGACAUUUUGUCUUGUUAGUAUGAGAAUUGACAUUUUGUCUCGUUAACUAGUAUGACAAUUGACAUUUUGUCUUGUUAAUAUGGCAAUUGACAUUUUGCCUCUGUAUGACAAUUGACAUUUUUUGAAAAAUAUUGGAGCCACAACUCUAUAGUAUUGCCAAUAUGAUCACAGGCUUUAUUGCAGAUGUCACUUAUAAAAAUAUUUAUGACUUAAAAUCAACAUAAAUUUCCUGGCCUGAUUAUUGUAGAAAAAAGCCUAGCAAGUCGGCUCUUGGUGGUGGGGGGAGGGGGGGGGGGAGGGUCACCCUCAGUUGAAAACUGUACAUCCCCAAAAUAUGCUCUGGAUUUUAAUGAUUUUUAAUUAGUUGUCUCUUCAUUAUUGUAGUGGAAGUGACCAACUUCAUCUAGGUAUCCUUCAUCCAAGAAAAUUUUCUGUCUAUAGUGUCUCAGGUAGAUGGUUAUUUCUUUAAUAUUUUCUACAUUUAUUAGAAUUUCUAGACUAGAAUUUCUCCUUUCCCAAAAAUCCUAAUUUCUUAUAGGAAGUUUGGACUGCAAUAGGAAUUUCUAUAGGAGUAGUCCAAAUCUCUUGUAGGAUCAUAUCAUAUUGCUGUAUGCAUACUCCUUUUCAUAUGUAUGCUAUAUAUGCUUAUUUUAUAUUUGCUAUGCAUGUACUCUAAUUGAACCUAUUUUUAUAUGUUGGUAUGGGUGCCUCUGUAUAUGUACGCUAUAACGUACCAAUUUUUAUCUGUUUUUGCAUGUACGCUAUGUGUACCUAUUUUUAUAUGUACACUAAUGUACCUAUUUUUACUGGUACCCUGAUGUGUACCCCUGACGUGCCUAUUUCUAUACCUAGUAAUAUCAGGAGCUGUUGAACAUGGCAACCAUUUCACAUUAAACCUUGUGUAUGAGCAUAUUUUGGAUAGGACGUCAUAUUCAUUUACAUAUGGACCUUUUGGUGGUGUUAAAGGUAUUUUGUUAAUUUAUAAUGUCAUCUUGUUUCUGUAUACUGGAUAGCUCUAUCAGUUCUGUCCUGAACUGUUCUUCCUAGAGGUCCAGUAAGGAUCAUCCCUUAUUGAUCCAGUGUUACUACAGGAGGAAACCUAAACUAAACUAACUUUAUGUAUACUGGAUAACUCUAUCAGUUCUAAACUGUUCUUCCUAGAGGUCCAGUAAGGAUCAUCUCUUAUUGAUCCUGUGUUACUACAGGAGGAAACCUAAACUAGACUAACUUUAUUUAUACUGGAUAGCUCUAUCAGUUCUAAACUGUUCUUCGUAGAGGUCCAGUAAGGAUCAUCUCUUAUUCAUUGUGUGUUACUGCAGAAGGAAGCCUAAACUAAUCUAACUUUAUACUGGAUAGCUCUAUCAGUUCUGAUCUGUUCUCCCUAGAGAACCAGUGACUCAGUAUGAGCAAUUCUCUUGUUUUGUGUAGGAAAGGAUUUCAUUUGUGUUGCUUCCAUGGAUGGCUUGUUAUCAUUCUUUGAACAAGAAAUGUUUGCAUUCGGCAGAUUUCUACCAGGAUUUUUACUACCAAGUCCAGUUCGAUACAUUGCCAAAACUGACUCCUUCGUAACUUGCAGUUCAUCCAGAGUCGUCGAAUGCUACAAGUAUGUGAAAUAUUACGUCUGUCCUGGUGUAAAAUUUCACUUUGUUGAACAGUACAUUACAUAAAGUGCUUCUGAUGGCGACCUUAAUGAAAUAUACCGCAAUUUUUCAUUAUUUUAUAUUUUAUGCAUUACCAGGCUAAUAAGCGGUUCUUUAACAGACACUACUAUUUAAAGCGAAGUGUAAGAGUUUCAGAUUAGAAAGAACCCAUGAAGCCAAAUGAUAAUCCUUUGAAAUCCUUUAACGUUUAAUUUAUAUGAAAGAGAAUACAUGGUAUAAAUAUUAUAUUCAGGGUUCGAAAUAAUUCUGAAAAAAGGUUCGUGAAUUAAUUUUUUUAUUUUAAGGAAAUUUUAAGGAAUUUUCAAGGAAUUUUCUCUAAUUGGAAGUUAAAAAGUGGAAGCACUGCAAUUUUCAAAUAUAUAAUAUACAUCGCAAACUCGCAAAGAAAUAGAAUUUUGGGUGGAAUUAUAAUCGUUUUUAAGUACAAUCUAACAACAAUAUCUUCAGAAUAUAUUAUCCUUCAUCACAUUUACAAAGAACUGAAUUUAUUAUUGUAUAUUUUUAUCAAUUUAAGAGACUUUUGAUUCGUGAUUUUGAUCAAUUUCUAUGAAAUUGGGUUCGUGAAAAAUGAAAAAUGAUUCGUGAUUCACGAAUCACGAACCGUUAUUUCGAACCCUGAUAUUUAUACUGUUAUAGGCUUGAGGUUUCUAUAAGGCGGCUGUGAUUACCUUGGUUUAAAUUAAUUUUGGAAGAAAAAAGAAUGAACAACUAUGUUUUAAUCGGUCUACAGUUUAUCACUGUUCUUUGUCAUCUCACUGAUAUGAGCUUUGCGUUUGUUUUCCAGAUAUCAGACUCUAGCCGCUGCUACUGAGGCAGAAACGAAGGAAAAGAGCGACCAGAGAAAAAUUUCUGGAAAACGACUUGCGGUAAGAAUACACAUUAAUUAUUUUAUGAAGCCUGGUUUACACUAUCAAAGUUUCUGUUAUCACAGUAGGAAUUUUGCAUCGGUAAAUUCUAAAUUUUGAAAGAUUUGUAAGAAAUGUUUGCGGCAACUGACUUCGUGUUUAACACUGAGACAGUUCCCUCGAACAUUUCUUACAAAUCCUUCAAAAGUUAGAAUUUAUCUAUGCAAUAUUUAUCCACCCAUCACUACAGCUAGAAAGAGCAUGUUAAAAUUAGUAAAAUUGCAAAGUUUAAUGGCCGCGAAAUGUUGUAAACUGCGGAAAAUAUAGCCCUACGAAAUUUGCAAAUUUUGUAUUAAUUUGUAUUACGCGCGGGAAAAUGCACCACAUUUCAACCUCGUCCCCAGGGCCUUCGUGCUGAGAAGGGGGACGAGGUUGACCACAUUUGGGCUGAAAGUAAUGCAAAUUCCCGUGCGUAAUACAAUUUAAUACAAACUUUGCAAAUUUCGCAGGGCUAUAUUUUCCGCAUUUUACAACAUUUCGACCAAACUUUGUAAUUUUACUAAUUUUAACAUGCUCUUUCUAGCUGUGGUGAUGGAUUUUGUUCUUCUUGCCGAGAUCAAAAUUUAGACAGUAGCUAGAAUCAUCCAUUGUUAAUGGUGAAUUUUGCUUGUUAUUACAGCAGGUACUGCUGUUGCAUUUAUAUGCAUUUUUAAUUGUUUAGCCUGACUGGACAUUCAAUAUCGGUGAUAAUGCUAUCAACGUGGUGGUAGUGAAAUAUGACAAUAUCUCAGCAAUAUUUGUUCUGGGUAAAACUAUAUGCUAUAUAUUUGAGUUGUAUGUAUUGAAUUAUUAGAGAGAUUCAGAUUUGACUUUAACUACCUCUCACUGACUUAGUUCGCAUCUGAUUGGUUAAUCGGAUAUAUCAAAUGCAUUUGAUUGGUUAAUUGGAUAUAUCAAAUGCAUUUGAUUGGUUAAUCGGAUAUAUCAAAUGCAUUUGAUUGGUUAAUCGGAUGUAUCAAAUGCGUCUGAUUGGCUGAUAGUCCCUCAAUCGUAGCGGUAGUGGAAGUCAAAUCUGAACCUCGCUAUUUUCAGACGUUGGUGGAACAGUUUUAUAACAAACGUACUUGCAGGGAGGUGCGUCCAAUCCCGGACUCACCGAACCUGCAAGUACGUUUGGUUUUUAUCCCAUGCACCGAGCCAUACACACAUUUGUAGCUCUUCGCGAUAUAUUCGUCGAUGUUUUGUGAACAUUUUCCCGGCCAGAAAAAUCACUGGGCAAGAAAAUACUUCUUUAUCUACGUCUACAUUACCUUUACUGCAUUUUUCUUUAGUUUUUCUUCAGUCUCAGUAUGUUAGUCACCGAAAAAAGUUCUUUAAAGUUUAGGUUUAUCGGCUAAAUCUUGUCCGCCAUAUUUGUUAUUGUUAUUGCAACGUAAGCAGUUUAGCGGGUGAGUUCGGGCGAAAAGCAGGUGAGUUCUGCAAAAAGCAGGUGAGCUCGACGACAAGCUCACCUGCUCUAAACCAAUCAGAAAGCCGCUUUUAACACGGGUAUGGGACAAAAUAUUAAGCCUUGGUCAAUUAUUUUUUUUGAACAGGUGAAAGAUCUUUCUAUUGUCUACAAUGUAAUGGCGCUCUACUAUUCAUGAAAAAAUUUGAGUACAAUGCCAGUUGUAUCUUGCCGUAUGGAUCAUGUAAGUGUACUAACACCUACAUAAGAGACAUUACAUUUCGUUCCUGUGUGCGCUUGUUUUUAGACAUUUGUAUUUUCUUGGAGCAGUUUAGAUAGAGUUAUAGAUACAGCUAUUUUGACCAUUUAAACUACAGUACCAUUAUAUAAUUUACUUUUUCUUUAUUUGUAGUUAAAGAAGACACGUUUAAUCUGAUGGUCGGAACGCACAGUAAAACAUUGAUGAUUUAUCAAAAUGUGACGUUAUCCUGGGCAGCACAGCUUCCUCAUAUCCCUGUUGAUGCUAAAGUCGCUAACUUUGCGUACGUUUUCUUUUCUUUCUAUUUAACGGUAACGUAUAGACAUAGACGAACUGUUUGUGGGUUCUUGUUGUGUCAACGCUUGUCUUUCAAGCUGGGAGACCUGCGUUCAAUCCUUGGUCAGACCUCUACUCAAGGUCUUAAAAUAAUUGAGGAAAAAGUGCUACAAUACCUGUCCACUGACAUCCAGGGGUGGAAAAAAUAGGCAAGCACUGCUCGCAGGAAAUGUUAAACAGCUGCAGGAAAUUUAGUUGAAUGAAGAUUUGCUAUUGAAAAUUUGAAGGAAACCUUAACACCCAAGUCUCGCUAUGGCCGCAACAACAUAUGGUUGACAAACAUUAUUCCUUGAAUUUAAAACCAUGGUCAGCUAGAACACUAUAUGUUUAUGCACAUGCAGAUUUAGCACAAAAAUACUCCGUUGGUCUGCAGGAAAUUUUUGUCUCCAGGUUGUGCUCCCAGGAAGAAAAUUGUUGGACUUGCAAUCACUCUUCUAGCUGUACAAGUCAUGACGUGAUCGAUGUGUAUAUUUCUAGGAAUUUAAAAGGCAUCAUUGUUACCCUAGACGAGACUGGUUAUAUCUACUGCAGCUAUCUGGGUACUGAUCCAUCUUUAUUUGUCACUCCACCAGCGCAUUCCCGUGACGUUCAAUACGAUGUAAGUAAUGGCAUAGCAACCAGAUGCCCCCAAAGUGGGAGGAGGGGCACAUAGCAGCGAAUUUGCCCUGGGGCAUGUUAGAGAGUGGGUGUCCAUUAUUCUGGGGGAAAUGUGAUCUCUGAUACACACCCAUGAAAUACCCCGUACAUGCAGAAAAUACUUGUAUUAUUUGCGAGAAAGAAUCGUUCUAUUUUAGGAUGUUGAGGAUGAAAUGCGAGAGUUAUAUAAAGUGAUCAGAGAGUCUGCGUCCAACUCAGGUACUAAAUAUUAUAACCAGAACUUAUAUAUUAUUAUUGCAAUUUAUUGCCCAAAUCUCUUCAUAGCAUGACGACAGCAUAUCUAUUUUUCGUUAUGUUGCCAUAGAAUUCGUAGUGAAGACUAGCGAGAAAGAUGAAAUUACAAUCAAGGCUACAGUCCCCACAAGUCUGGACAAACAUUCGGUAAGUUAGCCGAGUGUGUGGUAAGUGUCGUGAAAAUGUGUUGUAUUAUAUUUGUAAAAAGUACAGUAUAUAGAUUUUCCAUGCAGUAAAUGUUUCUUUGACGGUUUCAGUGUGCAGUUCCCGAUGAGAAUGGCGAGACAUUUCCGUCCAUCACUGUCAAAGUAAGUAGAAUAGACAAGAUUACAUUGAUAUCGAAGGAACUAGAUUCUGCUCCGAAAUAUCACACACUUGAACCGACCUGACCGCGUAGCUCAGUUGGCAGAGCAUUGGGCUAAGAGUAACAUCACAAGCACAGUAGCACAGAGUAGAUAAGACAUACAGAGACGUAACUGACCGUUGUAAACACUGCGGAAGAUUACGUUAUCAUGUACCCACUUUUUUUCAGGCGACCGGGCGAAAAAUGAUCAACUGCGCGUGCUCAGCAAGUUUAAAGUGAGUCGUCAUCAGGUUGUCAUCCAAUCAGAUCCAUGCAUCUAGUAACUUGCCGAGCAUGCGCACAAAAAAGUGGGUACACUAGUUACGUCUCUGUAUGUCUCUACUCUGUGACAGUAGCAAGUAACAUUAAACCAUAUUGUGUUUUUAGCUAACACUAGAAUGUCAAUCUAAUCAUCCUAUUGAAAACGUAAUGGUAACAAUUGAUGCUGGUUAUCCAAUAAUGUGUAACAAAACGUCCUCUGUCAUACCAAGCAUAGGUAAUGUAGCAGAACUGAUACGAGGGAUGUGCUAAUCAUCCUUACUUGCAGCUCAGAGCUAAGCUGAAGUGCGAAGGAUGCAGCUCAAUCUUAUAGAGUGGAAGGUUUUCUAAUGGCAUCUGGUAACUACCUUAUAUCCUAUCACGGAGCACUUCUACGGUGGAAGGUUGAGUUAGGGGGUUUAUCCUAACCCACCCUGUCAACUUUCCCUGUGAGAGGAAACCGGAGUACCCGGCGAAAACCCACGACUUUCAGCAAAGCGUUCGCUGACUCUUCACAUAAGUGUCACGAGUCCGCAACGAGAUUCUCAGAGAUGAAACCCAAUGACCAUUGCGCCAUCGAAGCCUUAUAGAGCUAUCUAAUAUUAAAGAUUAUUAGUAAGAGUGAUAUGUAUUAUAAGUAUUCUACAUUUUAUUCGUUCAAAGGUGAUACAAAGGUGACCACAGAUGUGGAGGUAUCAUUUUUUCUCUGUGGUGGUUGUGUACCAUCAACAAUGAAGGUUCAAGCCAUUGCAACGUUUACUACGAUUUCAGGUAUGCAUGGGUUAGGGUUACUUUAAGAUGGUGGUCAAAUUCUAUUUAUUUUCCUCUAAGCACAAACCUCCUGCAUUUCUUUUACAGAUGCCCCUCGAAUCUGUCAAUGCGAGUUUGAACUUCCCGUAUGUUUGGUUUGUCGAGGAUGUCUGCCUGUUAAGAACGCUGUUUGUAAGGUAUGAUUAUAUAUCUUGUACGUCAAUGAUUUAUGUUUAUGAAAAUGAUCUGUUUUGACGUUUGUUUUUAUUCUAGUUAACCUUAGAUACCAACAAGCCGCCUGUAAAUCUUGGCGAACUAUUUCCAGGUAUGCGUGGCGUAUUUAUUGCUACAAAUUUCAGUGCUCAAUAUUGGCUCAAAUCCAAUACUAUUUUGUUUAAUUAAAAAUAUAUUUAUGAUAAUGAACCCGUUGCCUUUCAGAGAUUUUAAGAAAAUAUUUGGGGGUGUUGCAUAUAGUAUUUUGUAGUUAUUUCAUGUUUUUUUCUAAUAGAUGCAAGACUUGAAACGUAAGCAUUGGUUUAUCAUGGAAACAUUUAAUGUUAUCUUUUUCAUUUUCCAGAAAUGGUUGAGGACAUGCUUGUUCCACUUGUCGCUCUUGGCGUUGAGUAUUACAGCGGGCCCGUUGUUACAAUUCUUGCGUCCAAAACUUCACGUAAGUCAACUGAACGAAACUAACUUUGUGUCUAAAGAUCCAUUGGUCCAGUGUUACUACAGGAGGAAACCAGAGUACACAGAGAAAUCCUGGAGACAACUGUGGAUUGAUAGGGAUACAACGACCUGAAAAAUACAAGGAGAACUUCAACGUUUCGAGCGAAGGCCCUUUGUUGGGUAGAUAAAUGUCGAAAUUCUGCUUGUAUUUUGAAAGUAGUUGUACAGUAUCUCUCUCAAUCCUGUCUUGUUAUCGUCGCACCUAUUCUGGUACAGACCAUUCGAGAUUAUAUCAUGAGACAACUGCCCAUGGGCGGAUUUACUGUGGGAGUAACCCCUCCCCUAGAAUCUCUCUAACAUCUCUUAUAAAGUGUUCAAUCCCACCAAAAUUUUGCUUCACUCCUCCUAUUGUGUGUGAAAGUAUUUAACCCUAACGCCUAACCCCUGUCAAAGCUCACUCAGUGGUGCCGCUUGCACCCCACCAAAAAUUUUUCUACCCCUCCUUUAAAAAAAAUGAAAAUCCGCCCUUGCAACUGCCUAUUGCAGGAAUUGUAGUCACAGAGAUGAUGGGACAUGCGCUAACCACCGCGCCAGGAAAUUUGAGUUUGAGUAUUCUUCGUUAUUCUAGAGAGAUACAGAAUCCAGUGUGACAAAUUUGAAGGUUUGUGGCUGGUAGUUCACGAACUGGUAACUCGACUUAAAGAUCACUUCGCUGACUUGAGGGAUGGCGUUCCACUGCGUUUGUCGUUCAUGGGACCUCUGCCGCUUCAGUACUAUUUUGAACUUAUAGAUAGCCAUUUUGAGGUAAGAUUACGUUGAUUACAACAUACGGUGUUGUAUGUGGGAGUGACUUAAUUAUGUAUUCUGUUUUGCUUCAUCAAAAUCAAUUCAUUGUAUUUCAGCAAAGACUCAAUCAACAAAAGUAUCGUGAAAUUCUCGGUCAACGGUCAGCUCAGUUUCGAGCGAUACAAAGACGACUGUUGACCAAAUACAAAGAUAAAACGCCGUCCCCUUUGGCCAAUUUGGACACAUUACUGGACGGAACAUACCGACAGGUAGAUAGAUAUAGUGUAUACAGUCGAUGGUAUUUCGUUCUUGUAGUUUUCCCUCUUACAGCAGUUCGCUUUAGGCAUUGCAAGUUUGUUUUGAACAUGUUUUACUCUUUCAACACAGUCUUAAUUGCAAUAGAAAAUAAAGGAUGGUAAGUUAAGUUUAAAAAAAUUUUUUAACUUAAGUCCUUUAUUUUCUAUUGUAAUUAAGACUGUGUUGUAAGACAGACAAGAUGUCGAUCAAACGAUUUCCUUGCUUCAAUCAAGAGACUAUCAUAUAUUUGAACAUUACGAUUCAUAUGUUAUACCAUCUGAAAUUUUGUUGCAAGUUGCAGCGAAAUUGUCUCGUAUAACAUGGCCGUAAUGAACUCUUAUUUUUUCAGCUCCUAGCUCUUGGCGAGGCAGAAGAAGACUGUCAAAGAUGUAUUCAACGAACUGUCAUCGCGUUAGCAUGUGGAACCAGACUAAUAAAUCUCUUAAUAAAGUACGAUUUUAUUUACACCAAAGUAUUAUUUAAACUAAAGUGACUGUAUUGAUAUUUAUUACAAUAGGACAGCCAGUAAACUAAACUAACUUUUUUAUGCUGGAUAGUUCCACCAGUUUUAAUCUUUCUAGAAGACCAGUAAGUAGUAUCCCUUCUUUGUGGAGUGUUGCCACAGGAAGGAACCUCAACUAAACUAACAGUCUUGAUACUGGAUAGCUCUGUUAUAUUUAAAUCUUUGGUCUGUAGAAGUCCAGAAAGGACCAUCUGUUACUGCAGUAGGAAACCUGACUACCCGAAGAUAAAUCCUGCAGUAUUUGGUCGAGUCAAGCAGGGACGAUUUUAACCGUACGUAUUUGACCGAUCUUUUAGGUUAUGGACGAAUAUGACGGACAAGGAAUUUAAGAUUCUUGAAUCAACAUUAUGUGCGGACAUUGCAGAAACGGAAAGUCAGGUACAGCUUAGAAGUUACGUGUAGCCCAGGACUGACUAUAAAAGUUUUGGUUGUUGUAGUAACAAGUUAAUUCUCUGUAGGGUUGGGAGGAGGUUACUGACACUGCUGUAACACAUCUGUUAAAAACAUGUUUGUCGAAGGGCGUCAAAGAUCAAACAGGUACGUUACCCAGUGUUUAAGCCACCAUAUUCAUCAUCACAUACAUAAUCACCAUCAUCAUUACUGUCAUAAUACCAUCGUCAUCAUCACAUACACAAUCACCAUCAUCAUUACUGCCAUAAUCACUAUCAUCGUCAUCACAUACAUAAUCACCAUCAUCAUUACUGUUACAAUACCAUCGUCAUCUUGUACACAAUCACCAUCAUCAUUACUGCCAUAAUCACCAUUACUAUCAUCGUCAUCAUUACAACCAUCAGCUCAUCUUCACUGUCAUCAUCACCUCUGCCAUCACCACAUUCACCAUUAUCAUCACCAGCUUCACCAUCAUCAUCACCACCUUCAUCAUUUCCACCUUCACCAUCAUCAUCUCCACUUUCACCAUCACCACUAUAUAUGCCUUUUGGCACUUGUGUUCCACACUAGACAUUCCUGAGGGACAAAUUGUUUUCUUUUGUAGUCAAUACACAAGCACUGCAGUUUCCAAAAGACACGACUAAACUGAAGAAGCAUAUAGCAUUGGUAUGUGAUAGACUUGGAAAAGGAAGUCGUUUAGAUCUGCAACAAACAUCGUCGAUGUCUUCUUCUAACCCCGCACCGAGCCCAAGGAAUGAACCUGUACAUAACCCGACACUGGAAUCUGUUCAAGAAGAGAGAACAGGUAUUCAAAGAGAUUCAUUACUCUAGACUAACGAUUCUAAACUUUGUCAGUUUUAGACUGUUCCUCCUAGAUUUCCUGAUCCCUUAUUGGUCCAGUGUUAUACAUCAGGAAACCUAAAAUAUACUAACAUUGUUUAUACUGGAUAGCUCUCUCAGUCCAAAACUGUCCUUCAAAGAAGUCCAAUAAGAGCCAUGUCUCAAACAUAAGGGUGUAGUGUAGGUAGUGUUCCAUAAUUUUAGACCAGCCGUGAAUGUCAAGGGUCUUGUUUAACAUGUUUCCAAUCCUUUGCAGGUAGUUCAGACAUAGACCAUGGUAGGGCAUGUCUAAUAUAGGUUUCUUUUCUCCUAGAUAACUCGAAGAGUCCGACACCGCCAAACGAUACAAUAUCCCCUGAUUUGGACCAACCCAAGAGCUCUAUCCAUCCGGGCAAAUUACCUUCGUUAACAGACGCGAGACCGAGGCAUGAUUUAAAUGCAGGUGGUAUGUUAUCCAGAGACUUCGAAAAUAUGAAACCAUUCUCAGCAACAUGACGUCAUAAUUUGACGUCAUCAUGUGACGUCGGAGGUAUCCUUUACCAAUGACAGAUCUACUUUAUUUUACGCAAUAACUUUCAAGCAACUUUUAAAGUUACUUGAAAAUCAGUUUUGACUUGCGAAAAUAUUCUCGCCAAACAAAAACAUAUUGCUUGCAACAAGAUACUCCUUGGCAACAAGUAAGUCUUGCUCGUCUGUAAGACUAAAGAGAUCAAAUUGAGAUGCACUGUACAAGUUUAAAAAAAUCCACGUCGUACAGAAAGAAAUUAAGUACAAAAGUAUAGGAUAACUUUAAAUACUAGGUGAAGAACAUAAAAAUAUUCGAACUUUAAUCUUCUGUAAACGCAUCAUAAACCAACAUUUUUAAACCAUAAUAUAUAUUUAAAUUAUUAUUUUAAAUAACUUAUUAUUAAAGUCUACAAUUCAUUAAACUUGUAGUGGC